CACUGCACCUGCACACAAGUCGCAAGCAUUGCACGCACGAAGCCUUCGACCAACGAUGUCGUCGUCAGCGGACCUCCCGUGGCCUGCGCGCGGCGGCGGUGUCUUCGACUUCGGGCAGGGCAGCACGCUGGUGCUCGUGUCGUACCCGGUGCUCCUGCUCCUCGUCCUUCUCUCCGCGUUCGUCAAGUACGUGUGGAUCGCGCUCGCGCUCUACUGCGCGAUCCUGUUCGUGCUCUCCUGCACCGGCCGCUUGCUCGCCGGGCCGGUGGUGUUCGUGCACGACGAGGCCAGGGCGGCCGUCGAGCGGGGCGGCCUAUCGCAGGCGUCCAUUGCGGCUAUCCCGGCGUUCGUGUACGCUGCCGCUGCCGGCGACGGCGAGGCCCAGUGCGCGGUGUGCCUGGAGGCUCUGUCCGGCGGGGAGAAGGCGCGGCGGCUGCCGGUGUGCGCGCACACGUUCCACGUCGGGUGCAUCGACAUGUGGUUCCACUCGCAUGCGACGUGCCCGGUCUGCCGCUGCCAUGUCGAGCCGCCCAAGGUCGGCAAGAUGGCGCCGUUGCCGCCAGAGCCGCCUCUCCCGCCGGUGUAGUUGUCGCUGACUGUGCCAGGACAUAAGAUUGUACACAUUUAAAUUUGAGAUCCCUCACUGCCUCAGUAUUGUCUUAUUGUACUCUGCUGACGAUCGAAUACCGUAUACUCUUUACAUGCUUAAUGUGUUACUACCGCCGUCCUGUUUUAUUAGUCCUUUUCAAAAAUUAGUCC